AUGAGCCCUAUAAAUUCUGCGAAAGGGCCUUCCUCGCACUUCCUGGAACUACGCCGCGAGAUGGUCCCCAAACCGCAAGAUCCUGAUGCACUCAUUCUAGAGGCAUGGAGUCAAGGCUAUCUAGUAGGAAGCCUGAUCAUCAUGUCCGUGAUUACGAUGGCAAAUAUGCGCCGCGGCGUGCUUCUCCAUAAGUUAAUCCUGGGAAUCUGGCAAGGCUUCUGGCUGUUUUUCAGAAGCCCCGUGUACGCGUGGUGGCUUUCUGUCAGUGCCAUCUUUCUCAACAUGUCCUGGGUGCUCCAUAACGUAAUCUCUUGGUUGAAGAUCAAACCCUUCCUCUCCAAACCGGUCAGUCUGUUUUUCAUUGGCACUGUCAUUCUCUCUCUCGGCUACUGGAUACUGGAGAUCUACGCAAACUUCACUUACUUCCAUGGGAUCAACGAUAUCUUCGUCAGAACUCGACCAUGGGAAGCUCUCUGUCGGGACCCUUGGUGGAUAUUCGUGACUGUCUAUCUGUUUUGGAUCAUCAUGACCCAAUAUGAGUUGAGCGUGAAGGAAAUCAUCAGAAUAUCCCCACGCUUUGGAAUCAUGCUUGGUGCUAUGAUUAUGAGCAUCAUAUUCUUGGUAUUGGACAUUUGCUCCGUCACUGGCGCGUUCCAAACCUCCCUCCCAGUGGGAAUUAACCCUUUUUGGAAGCUGGCUUUCGUCUUCAAAUGCCUAACAGAUAUGGUUGUUCUUGACGACUUCAAGACUGCUUUAGAUCGGCUGCGAGCAUAUAAGCUGAGUCGUAUGGGCAGCUACUCCCAGGAUACCUCCGACCGUCGCGUUAGGAACAACAGUAGCCUCGUCAAAACAUGGGAACAAAUUGAACAAGAAUCGCAAAGACGGCCGGCAGCAACAUUUCCGAGUCCCGACGGGGACUAUGUCGACUCAGCGCGCUUCCCAGGAAUGGAGAUCGACCAUAUACAGUCUAUUCAUCGCGACUCUGUCGUGUCUCCGGGGUUUCCGCGUCAUGACACCUCGGAAAGCAAUAUAGGGCCGGAGGAUCUUGUGCCUAGUGCUCUCAAUGCGUCAGAUCUUACUCGUAUGGAAAGUGCGCAUUAUCGCGAGAUGGAGCGUGAUCGUUUUGACCCCGAUUGGAGAGCAGGUCGCCUUUCAAACAGAACUACCGAAGGUGAUUAUGCGCAGGCCCUAAGGGAUCUUUCCCGCUCCCGAAGCAAUCAGUCCAGAGACCUACCGUCGCCUCGCAACCCCCCUUGA